AUGGUAUAUACAAGGGUUGGUGUUUGGAUACCUCAGUGUCCCCCAAAGAACUGGGAGACUAGGUCGUGGUCUGGAGAUGGUAGACGGCCAUCAGGAGCACUCCAUGCAACUGGGGUUGCCUCUUGCGGCUCACUCGAUCGAGCUUGUGGCUCCUCUUCCUCCUCUUCUUCAUCGUUGAAAGUGUGUGGCUUCCUUGGCCUUGGUGGAGCAUUGGUAGCUCGUACUGUCCAUAGGGGUUCCAUCUACUCCGGGGAGGCUCCUGGUAAGGCAUGGGAUCGUAUUCAAAUCCCGGAUCUCAAACUGGGGCUCCUCCAGGUCAACUCGACCGUCAGCUCGAUCGAGUUGAGUUUCCUCUGUUUGGACUCGAUCGAGUCCGGUGGUCGAGCUGGAGCGUCUGGCCUUGGAAGUCUUCCUCCUUCUCUGCGUGUUGUCUUCUCCUUCCCUUGGCUCGAAAGAAGAGGCUCUGUGAGGCUCUUGGGCAGGGAGCCUCCUUGGAGUGGUGAGGAGUGA